AUGAUGGGUGGGUGUGAUGGCCCCAACGCUAUCACUGCAGCUGACACCAUGGCAGUGGACAACCUCUUUGGUGACGAAGAAGUCAAGGACGCCGCUUCCUCUCCCAAAGAGAAAGGCAAGAAGCGCGCUGCCUCUGGUCCCAAGACCCCAGCCAAAUCCAAGCGUGCCGAAACGGUCAGCAUUCCCUACGACGCUGUUCCAGGCAUGGACACUAACAGUCGCGAAUUUCACAAGGCCCUCGUCGUCGAGCAUGCCAAAGGCAGUUGCGCUGGCGACAAACGCCCUCGUACUGAACCGCCCUUUAUUAGUGGUUUAGCAGAUCUUCAGUCUCGUCAAAACGAGUCUGCCAACUCCUUGCUCAUCGACAACCCUCUGUACAGGGAGAUCUUAGUGCGCGCACAUGCUGCUGUUACCAACCGCAUGCCGGCUUAUCCCACCCUUGCUUAUUUCAAGCAGCAAGAGGUCGAUCUUCGUGAACGCGUUCUUCUUAGCAUGCAGCGCCUCGACUUGGAGCUUCGUCUUCGCGAUGUACUUGUCGCUGAUUACGAAAUUGCCCUUGCCCAGAUUGCUGAGCGUGAAGUAACUAAGGAGUAG